GCUUUUGCCUUUGGCCUAGCGCAAACCCUAUGCCCUGGGCCGAUAUCUGGUUGUCUUUUUGCGAUGCGACACUGCACUCCGUGGUCGGCGAAGGACUCCAACGCGCACACGGACAACAUGGGCCCAGCUAGGCUUCUGGGUAAAAACGUGCGGCCUCUGCCGUCCAGUGCGUACCAUGAGGACGAGAUUGUUGCGGACGACGAAGACUUGGAGGAUUUUCACUCGGACGAGGAUGCCAGCGAAAAUGACGAGGAUGCCAGCGAUUUGGCCUCAGAAGCUGGAAGCGAUGGUGACCAGCCCAAAGCGCAGGACGCGGAGGAUUCUGGCGAAGAAGGUGUGCAAGAGCAACUCAACAAUGUCUCGUUUGCCGCCCUCUUGCAGGCGAAAGAGGCACUUUCGAAAAAGCGGAAGCGCAAUUCUGACACCACUGCCGACCAUGAGGCCAAACUGGGAGCUCUGAGAGACAGACUGCAGUCCAUCAAGUCAAAUAAGGCUGCUAUGGAAAACCGCCAAGCACCCGAAGAUAGAUUGUCAAAAGCAGGCAAGCCAUUGCCGCGCAGUCGAUCCCAAAAUGGACUGGCUCCUGCCUCAGAUGAGGAAGAAGACGACGCCGAUUCAGACUCUGCGCCUUCGGAGAUUGAGGCCGCACCGUCCAAGUCUCGCACCUCCAAGCACGCUCCAGCGGCGCAAACUUCCAGGCGCCAAGUCACGCGCAGGCGCACAGUCAUCGACGUCCCAAAACGCUCAUAUCGCGACCCUCGAUUCGAUGCCCUCCAUCAAGGCGCAAUCCAUCCAGGCAAUGCAGACAAAGCCUACAGCUUCCUCCGCGACUACCAGAAAUCCGAGAUAGCAGAGCUCAAAGCGGCCGUCAAGCAAGCACGCACGGAAGAAGACAAAGAAGCACUAAAGCGCAAGGCGAUCAGCAUGGAGAACCGACUCAAAGCGAAAGAAGCCAAGGAGCGGGAGCAGGAGGUGCUGCGACGCCAUCGCCACGAGGAGAAGGAGAAGGUGGAGCAGGGCAAGAAGCCUUAUUUCCCCAAGAAGAAGGAGCUGAAGGAGAAGGCGCUGGUGGAGAAGUUUGAGGGGAUGAAGAGUAAGGACCGGCAGCGGCUGAUUGAGAGGCGGAGGAAGAAGGAGGGGCAGAAGGAGAAGAAGAGGAUGCCGCAGGCGAGGCGCAUGGCUGGGUGACAGGUAUUUCAAGCCUUUGAUAAGCUUAGCGUGCUUACUGUUUGAUAUGAAGUGAACUCGAAGCCUGUUCUCUCGACCUCAUUCACGCUAUUCAAGGUCACUCAUAGCCUUGCAGUGAUACCAUACACCAAUACGCAUUGACUUGCGGCAUGUAUUCCGCGCCCUCGAGCAUGCGCAAACUACCCACCGUCACACAGGCUGCAGGUGAAUGCAGUUUGCUGUCUGCACUCAAUCAUAGAAAGGAAUCC